GUUGAGCGCAGCAAAUUUUGUUUUGGCCCCUCCCCCACUAAAGAAAGAGAAAUCACUUCAUUUUAUUUCAGUAGUGAGCCAAGCCCCUUCUCUCCCCUUCUCCAAAACUCAGAACCAAGGUCUGAGAACCCUAGCCUCUCCUCAUCGGUUCGUCCGUCCGUCGAGGCAUUGCCGCCAUCCAUCGCACGCAGGGGCUUCUCUUCGUCCGUGGAGCCAAUGCGCCCCCAUCCCCUUCUCCAAUCUUCUUCCUUCAUAAUUGCGUGUAGCCCUAGCCCCCCACUCCACCUCGCAGCUUCUUCGUGGAGCUUGGCGGCCGUCGUCUUUGUCGUACCUUUUCUCAAGUUCUCCUACCUUUGCUCUGCUUCAGGACUCCGUCUCAACCAUCCAGUCGGUCUCUACUUCUGCUUCAGACACUCACUAAUUGGGGCUUGUGAUUGGAGCUCCUAAGUCUUGAGUUAUGCAGGGGUUCAGGCCUAAGAACCAAGAAGCUUGGAACUUGAGAGAUGGGUCUGAUGGGUGUGUGAGGAACACGGGUUUGAAUUGUUCGACUGACAAGUUCUUGCAUCUUGAGAACAUGAAGCUGCCGGAGACAAGCAGCGUGUUUAUGAAUAUGAGUAUAACACUUGAUGAAUGUGGCAGUUUGUGUAAGAGGAAUUGUUCAUGCACUGCAUAUGCAAACAUUGAUAUCAGAAACGGAGAAACUGGCUAUGUUAUGUGGAUUGGUCAACUCUUUGACAUGAAUGUCUACCAUACGGAUGGCCAAGAUCUCUAUUUAAGAUUGGCUGCAGCUGAUAUAGGUAUCUCUCUAUUCAUCUAUUAUCUAUCUCCCAAUGAGGUGUUAUAGUUGUAGCAAAAAUAAUCAAAAGAAAGUGAAACAUGAUGCAUUA